AUGGAGAAGAUGGAAAGAGAAGCUCUUGAUUUCAUGAAUGUAGAGUCCUUCUCUCAACUUCCUAUUACCCGACCCGUUAACGAAAAGCCUAUUAGGCUUUUCGGUAAAGAAUUUGGUGGUGGUGGUGGUGAUAGUACUAAUCUAACCACCACGGCCACCAACAUGUCUGAAUCUAUCGACAAUAAUCCUUUUCAUGAUGAACCUGAAACAAAUACGGUGAAUCUUGCAAAUUGUGCUGUUAAAGAAAUUCAUAUUGACAAGAAUGUUGAAAUCAUGAGGAAAUAUGAAUGUCACUAUUGUUUUAGGAGCUUUCCAACUUCACAAGCUUUAGGAGGCCAUCAAAAUGCACACAAGAAAGAAAGACUAAAUGCCAAACGACCUCAUCUCCAAUCUUCAAUAGUGCAUGAUCAACCGAGCAUUUACGGGAUAACGAACCGUCAUCGCCUUGGUGAAGCAACUGCAUCUACAAGAUUAACUCAUCAUCAUUCAACAUGGACAAAUAUUAACAAUAAUACUCCUAGGUUUAAUGGAAAUGGCCAUAAUGUUAAUAUUAUUAAUCCUAUAAAUGGAAAUCCAUUGACAUUUUGGCAGAUUCCUCCAACAGUUGACACAGCUAACUUGAUUGAGGAAAAGGAAACCCUGGUGACAAAGCACUUUUGCCCUCGUAAGCGAAGACAGAGGAACCACAACUAG